AUGGCUUGCUCAGAACCUGUGAGUUCAGUGGGAGAGAAUAUGUCAGUGGCUACUGCACCCAGGAAGCCUCGGAUUUUACUUGCUACUAGUGGGAGUGUUGCUGCGGUUAAAUUUGCAAAUCUUUGUCAUUGUUUUUGUGAAUGGGCCGAAGUAAGAGCAGUUGCCACAAAUCCAUCUUUGCAUUUUAUUGACAGAACAGCGAUUCCCAAGGAUGUGAUUUUGUAUACCGACAAUGAUGAAUGGUCUAGUUGGAAGAAACUAGGCGAUAGCGUGCUUCACAUUGAGCUUCGCAAAUGGGCUGAUAUCAUGGUCAUUGCUCCAUUAUCGGCAAACACUCUUGGCAAGAUUGCUGGAGGGUUGUGUGACAAUCUACUGACAUGUAUUGUGAGAGCCUGGGACUACAGCAAGCCAUUAUUUGUUGCACCUGCCAUGAACACUUUUAUGUGGAACAAUCCUUUCACAGAGAAGCAUCUCAUCUCCAUUGAGGAGCUUGGUAUUUCUCUCAUUCCACCUGUUACAAAGAGGUUAGCUUGUGGGGAUUAUGGCAAUGGCGCAAUGGCCGAACCUUCUACCAUUUACUCCUCUGUGAGGCUCUUUUAUGAGUCAAAGGCUCAGCAAGGUAACAGCCGUGUUUAA